AUGACCUUUUUAUCUCCACCUAUUCCAUUUUGGCUUAGCAAAUUAUUAGCUUCCAUUUUAAUUUUACUUUUUGUGUGUCUUCACGAUCAUGUCGACUCCUUUGUCGUUAAGCCUCCUCAAAACAACAACAACGGAGAUGUAAAAAUAGUCAGACUAAACAAAAUAAUUUCCAUAAAAAGAAAAAUAUCAAGAAGAAAAUCAGACAAAUUCAUAAAAGAUGGAAAUGUAAAAUUAAACAACAAAGUUGUGCAAAAUCCGGGUACACAUAUCGAUAUAACAAAAGAUAAAAUAAAAAUUUGUGAAGAAAAAGUAAACAUUCUCAAUAUUCAAAAAAUUAUCAAUGGAAAUAAUAAUAAAUCAUACAAAUGGUUUGUUCUACAUAAGCCCAAAGGGCUCAUAUGUACAUCCAAUGAUGAGAAAAAUAGAACGUCCAUUUAUUCCCUUUUUCCACAAGACAUAAUGGAUAACUAUCGCUUAGUUUCUGUAGGUAGAUUAGAUCGAAACACAUCAGGAGUACUCCUCCUCACAAAUGAAUAUACAUGGGUUAACAAACUGACACAUCCAAAGUACCAAAGAAUAAGAACCUACAGAAUACAUAUCGAAGGAGAAGCCCAAAUGAAAGUCCUAAGAGAUCUAGCCAAUGGUAUAUAUUUGGAAAAAGAAGAAAAUGAAAAAGAAAUAAAAAAAAAUAAAACACAACCAGCAUUUAUUGAAAUAUUGAGAGAAGAAAAUAUAAAAAUAAAAGAUCAAAUAAAAAAGAUAACUGUACUAAAUAUUAGUAUACGUGAGGGACGAAAUAGACAACUAAGAAAAAUGUUUGAACAGAUAAAUCAACCAAUAAUUAAAAUUAAAAGAACAGCCUUUGAAAAUAUAACCCUCAAAAAUAUAUUUUUCCCAAAGCAGUAUCGUGAAUUGACACAAACUGAGGUUUCCAAUUUGAAGUUGCGGAAGCUUUAA